CUCAUGACUACAGGCACGACGCAAUUUAAUAUUACGCACAACUCGACCAGCCUGCGCUGGCACGGGCUAUCUCCGAGGUCAUCCACGGCAUGGUGCGAUUUGAUUCUCCCAAUAAUACGGCCAUGUCGAAUGUGACGCCGCUGAAACGUUCCGCCCUCGAGGCUGGGCUCGACACGCCGCGAAAAGACGACGAUGCGGGCGACACUGACACAAAGGCAUCGGUAUCGGGCUCGGUGCCGAGGGUGUCGAAAGCGCGUGCAUGCGCAGAGUGCAAGCGGCACAAAAUCAAGUGCGAGGUGAAGCCCGGCGAAACGAGCUGCACCAAAUGUCUACGCAGUGGGAUCAAAUGCGUCGUCAACGACUUUUCGCAAAAGUUUGUGGACGAUGAUUUGGCAUGGAAAUCCCAAGCAACCGCCACAAUACAGCAGCUCCAAGCUGCUGUAUCACACCUCCUUCGUCAAAAUAGCCUUCCAGAUCUCUCCAGCUUCCCCUCGUCAGAUGGCAGUGUUGGCCGCAGCCCAUCUGUGUCACAUACCCACCAGGUGUCGCAGGACCGACACCUGAAUGUCCCGACGGUAGCUUCUGGUACAACCAUCAGUGCUCAAGCCAUGACACGAGAGAAUUCACAGGACCCGAAUACCGAGGAUCCUGAGCUCGUGUCAGCGCCUAUGCGUAGUUUAUAUGAAGUCACCAAGCUGCGGAAUUUCGGAAAUAGCCACGUGGAAAAGCCCAAGUCAACGUUGCUGGAGGAAGACUUUAUUUCUCGGGGAUAUGUAUCGUUGCACGAGGCGGAGGAGCUGUUUGCAUAUUUUAGUCGGACGAUGAAUCAACUACUAUGGGGUGGCAUUGUCGUGCCUCAUAGAGAUUUGACAUCGGUUCGACGCGCAUCGACUCUUUUGCUGACUGCCGUUCUGACCGUGGCUGCGUUGCACAUCCCCAACCGCACAGAAACGCUCAACACGUGCUACAAUGAAUACGUCGCCUUAGUAUCCAGCAUGGCACUUACCAGGUCUCAUACAUUGGAUGAUAUUCGGGGGUUAUGUGCCGGUGCAUUCUGGUUGUCCGAUCUGAGCUGGAAGCUUUCGGGCCAUGCUGUACGAAUCGCUACGGAAAUGGGUCUUCAUCAGAGUUUUCACAAAAUGACUCGUGGACAUGGAGAUCGGUACGAAUACGAACGAGCACAGCUGUGGUAUCUACUCUACGUAUGUGAUCAUCACUUCAGCAUUGCCUACGGGCGACCUCCCGUGAUCCAUGAGGACGCGGCUAUCAAAAACCACGAAGUUUUUCUGCAGUCUCGCCAUGUUGUACCAGGAGACAUCCGAUUGAUGGCACAGGUUGCUCUCUUCGUGAUCCUGACCGAAGCAUACCGAACUUUUGGAUCCGACGUAGAGCAGCCUCUAACUGAAGAAGACUUUGGCCAGUUACGGGUGUACAACGUCGCAGUCGAUCAAUGGCGGCUUCUCUGGCAACCGCGAUCAGCCGAUAGCCCGUAUGUUCGCACUUACCCGUCCAAAGGCGUUGUCUUGCAUUUUUUAUUUGCUAAAUUCCAAGUCAACUCUCUCGCUCUCCGCGCUCUGUCGCCCACCAAAAGCCCCGUAUUUUCCAUGGACCGCAAAGAAUGCGUCAACAGUGCCAUUUCCGCGGCCAUGGCAUGUCUGAAUAUGGUGCUCGAGGAGCAAGACGUCCCCGACGCAAUCGUCGGCGUCCCCAUAUUCACUCACACCAUGGUUACCUUCUCUGCCGUUUUCCUGCUCAAAGUCGCCGUGAACUGGAACUCGGCGUAUCUGAAUAUCGACGGUCGCCAGGUCCGGCACACGGUCGAGCGCGUGAUCGAACUCAUGACCUGCGUCAGCGCGGGCGAUCGCCACCUCACACGCCAUAUUGCGCGGGGAUUGAGCAAGAUGCUCGAUCGAUUUAAUGCCUGGGAAGGAUGGUACGCGAAUCAACCAGGAACAGGAACGUCGAUGGAUGGCGCAGCAAAUGGACACGAUCAACACAACAAUCCCAAUCCAAACCUCAACAAUAACAACAGCAACCCUAACCCUCUCGACCCGUCCACAUCAACCGCAGCACCUGGCGGGAGAUCACGUCGCUCCAUCCCCGGCGGCGCCAACGCUAUGGCUCAGGGGUUCCCGCCGCCUGAUCUGAUCUAUGAUAUGGUGGGGACAUAUGGGUUUGGCCUGGACGAGCAUUUGAUGGAUCCUAGCAUGCCUGGAUUUGAGUUUUUCAUGCAAUGAUCUAUCAUCUUAGUAUCAUGAUGGGAUUCAUAAUUUGGUUAUUUUUCUGGUUUGCUAUUAGCGAUGAGCUGGCAUGUAGUGUACGUUUAAUGAGAUGUCCAUUCACUUCAUCUAUUUAUAGGAAGUAUAUAUAUGUAAUAAUAUGUAUCUCAAUUGAUAGAAUAAGAUCAAUUGGAUAUUAUCCCCAAUAAUG